GCAAGCGAUCACUCGCUUCUUGAAUUGCACGAUUAGGUUUCCGUUUCCUUUUUCUUCGUCCCCGUGGGAAUAUGCCCCCGCGCGCUACUGCCAUUUUGUUGCCAUACGCAUGCGUGCGCGCCACCGUCGCCUUGCCGUGGAUCCACAUCCACCCUAGCUGCCUCCCGAUCCCACGCCCAAAGCUUCCUAUAAAUUCGCACCCCCAGCGCCUCGCAACCUUCAUCUCCCACCUCGAUCCCUGCGCUGCAAGCAACAAAGUUCUACUCUGUCCACCCGUCCAUCUAGCUCCCAAGAACCAACCCGUACCAGCGCUAUCCGGCCGGCCAUGGCGGCGGCGCGCCGGCUCUCCCUGCCCCUCGUCCUGCUGGUCGUCCUGGCCGUCGCCGGGCGCGCGGCGGCGCAGGACUACGACUUCUUCUACCUCGUGCUGCAGUGGCCGGGGGCCUACUGCGACACCAAGCAGAGCUGCUGCUACCCCAAGUCCGGCAAGCCGGCGGCGGACUUCGGGAUCCACGGCCUCUGGCCCAACCGCGACGACGGCACGUACCCGCAGAACUGCAGCCCCGACAACGCCUUCAACCCGUCGAAGGUGAGCGACCUGCUGAGCAGCCUCCGCGCCAAGUGGCCGACGCUGGCGUGCCCGUCCAACGACGGGCUGCGCUUCUGGGGCCACGAGUGGGAGAAGCACGGCACCUGCGCAGCCGACGUCUUCGACGAGCACGGCUACUUCCAGGCCGCGCUGCGCCUCCGCGACCAGCUGGGAGUCCUCGGCGCGCUCACCUCCGCCGGCGUCAAGCCCGACGGCGGCUACUACACGCUGAGCCAGAUCAAGGGCGCCAUCCGCCAGGGCACCGGCUUCGAGCCCUACGUGGAGUGCAACCGCGACGAGGCCGGCAACAGCCAGCUCUACCAGCUCUACUUCUGCGUCGACGCCGCCGGCGACAGCUUCGUCGACUGCCCCGUCCUCCCCAGCGGCAGGCCCUGCGGCAACCGGAUCGAGUUCCCGGCUUUCUAAGCUAACUCACUCUUCACGUCAGUUGCUGCAAUAUACUGCUAGUCCUUUUGCUUGCAUUCUAUGCAAGAGGAUAAUGGAAUGUUCAUUCCCCAUUCUUCAAAGUUUUUUUUUUGCAAAU